GGGGGCUCGGGCCGGGCGGUGUCUUCGCCCCGCCCUCGAGCGGGUUUCUCCUGAGGGAACCGUUCUUUUCCCCGCCGCACGCACGGGAUCCCCCGUCCUUUUCGCCGCCCCGCAAGCGAAGCCCCCUCAGCUUCUCGUCCGCCUACCCAGGCAGAAUCUAGCCGCCUUCAGCCCGCUCCUCGCGGGCGGCCUCGUCCUCCAGCCAUGGCUCUCUGCCGGCGCCUGUCCCGGCUGGCCGCCCACCUGCAAGACCCACAGAAAGUGGCCGCCUUCCAGCGGCUCUGCGGGGUGGAGGGGCCUACGGGCUGGGCCGAUGCGGAGCAGCGAGCCGGAGCCCGGGGGCCGGUGGCUAACGGCAGCCCGCCGGCAGCGGAGCGGAUGGGAGGGCAGGGGCAUCCCGCCGGGAACGGGACUGUGCCCGGUGGGGCGGGUCCCCCGCAGCGGGGGAGGAGGAGGCCGCGGCGCAACUCCCUCACGGAGGAGGACGGCAGCCAGGAGUUCUCCACCCGCAGCCGCUUCCUCUACUAUCUCUUCAGUCUGGGCACGGAGCUCGGCAACGAGCUCUUCUACAUCCUCUUCUUCCCCUUCUGCAUUUGGAACUUGGACGCCUGGCUGGGCCGGAGGCUUAUCAUCAUCUGGGUGUGGGUGAUGUACCUGGGGCAGUGCACCAAGGAUGUCAUCCGCUGGCCGCGGCCUGCCUCCCCGCCUGUGGUGAAGCUGGAAGUGUUCUACAACUCGGAGUACAGCAUGCCCUCCACUCACGCCAUGUCGGGCACCGCCAUCCCCCUGGCGCUCCUGCUGCUCAGCUACGGCCGCUGGCAGUAUCCCCUUAUGUUUGGACUGAUCCUUGCAUUCUGCUGGUGUUUGUUGGUUUGCUGUAGUCGAAUUUACAUGGGAAUGCAUUCAAUUUUGGAUGUUAUUGCUGGAUUUCUGUAUGCUAUCCUUAUCUUGGUUGUCUUCCAUCCAGUUGUGGACCUGAUUGAUAACUUCAACUUAACUUACAAAUAUGCACCCUUAAUUAUCAUCAGUCUCCAUUUAGCCCUGGGCAUCUUCUCUUUCACUCUAGACACCUGGAGCACAUCUCGAGGCGACACAGCUCAGAUACUCGGCUGUGGUGCUGGAGUAGCCUGCGGCUCUCACGUUAACUACAUGAUGGGUCUAAAUCUAGAUCCUCCUCCCAAGACUUUACCUUUAUCACUUUCCUCUCUCACUGUGACUGUGUUUGGAAAAGCCAUAUUGCGGUUGUUAAUCGGAGUAAUAGUUCUGUUGUUAACAAAAGUAGCGAUGAAAAAAGCCACUAUUCCACUGGCAUGUAAAAUAUUUUGCAUACCACAUGAUGAUGUACGGAAAGCAAGACAACGCAUGGAAGUUGAGCUUCCCUAUCGUUAUAUUACGUAUGGAACAGUUGGGUUCUCCCUCAUGUUCAUUGUUCCUUGCCUCUUCCACUUCAUUGGUCUUUCUUGAUGCAGUUUUAUCACUUUCAGUAGGGAGAACAGAGCUGGUUGCUUUUCAAAGAGGUGCACAGUCUGCUAAGUCAAGGCUAGUGAGCUUCACUUUGGCAGGGUCUUCACUUUAACAGCAAUACAUAGAAGGCAAAGCAUUUAAAGAACUUUGCACAUCUUUGGGUAUGGUAUGGGGCCAAAAGUCAAAUACCAAUUCACAAGAAGUGCUGAACUCUAUAAAUGCUGUGUCUAGACUUAUUGCUGUAACAAAGUCUGUGUGUGUGAUGCAAUUAAUGUAUCUGGAAUGUCUGUGCCUGUGUAUGUUGACAUUUUAACAGGUAUAUCAGCUGCUCAGAAAGCUUCAUUCAUGACCUGUUUGCCAUUUCAUAAUAACUUACUCAAAUUGUUGGACCAUAGACUGCUAAAUUUAUUUUCAUCUAUUCUUUCCUGAAGCCUUGCUUCAAGAUGUUUCAGCUAAUAGGCAUUUCUAAUGGACCAAACUUGUAAUGAGUUUGAAUUUUUCUAAGGAAGUAAACAGAAACCUUUUUCUUUACCCCGCUCUACAGAGUAAAAUGUUUGGACUGAUAUUGGUAGAUACCACUAAAGUGUAUAUGAUCCAGGUACUGUAUUUUAUGGUUUAAUAACUGUGCCUUUCUGUUACUAAAUUAAGAAAUGCCAUAUAUACUGUGAUGUAAAAAUGCCAAAUUUUAUUUAAGAUACUACAUAAUUAGGCAGAUAUUUUUAAAUGUUAGAUUGUCCAUCAUGUUGCUGGCAUGGUUCAAGUGAACUCGAAGGUAUUCAGUUUAGCCUGAUCAAAAUUGCAUAAAUGAAAUAACACAAGAAUCAUGUCCUUAAGCUCAAGAUGUUGUAAAUGGACAAUAAUCCCUUUUGUAAGUAUUUUUAAUGUGUAUUGUAAGUUACUGGAAGAGGAUAUAUUUUUCUGGAGAUUGUUUAUAUAGUGAACAGAUAUUCAAAAUUAAUUAUCUAAACACGUAAACAAUAAAAACAUGCCAUUCUGCAAAGAAAUGGGCUUCACUUAUUCCAAACUAAUUUAGAAAGACCGUUGUUUUUGCAUACUUUCUUAGGAGAUAUAAUUCUUAUUCUCAAGAAAAUACAUGUAUUUUUAUGCAUUAAUGUAUUUAAAGGUAAUAAUCACUUUUACUCCAUUUAGAUAGCUAUAAGACAAUAUAAGGAUCAAAUUAAAUUUUUAAUCAUGCUGAUAGGUAGAUUGUGAGCAGUCAAGACAAUAUGGUCAAUGUAUGAACAGUUUGUGCAUAUCUAAGUUUUACUGAAUUAUUAUGCACUUUCCAGCUUUUCAUGAUCCUUUUCCCAGUGAUGAGUAGAAUAUGACCCUUCAACUGGAAUUUCAUGUGCCUCUUGUGUUUCGUUUUGUCUAUGUUCAUGUGUUGCUUAAUCUGUUCUUCCCAUGUCAGGAACAGUCUCCUUGUCUGGCCAGAUGUGAAUUACUUAAGUUUUGUAUUGUACUUUUUUUUUUCCCCCCCAGGAAAAUCAUAAUCUGGUUAAAAAGUCUAGGGAUAGAAUACAAAGCUUAAUUUGUUUUGUAAGUAAUAUUUGGAACUGGAAAGACUGUUCGUACUGGGGCUCAUAACUCCAAACUGUUAAUAUGUAAAUUAACAAAGUUAAUCUCUUUCUUCAGAGCAGCGAAGUUAUGGUAUGCCAGCACUAGGUGAUGUCAAAAACUAACUUUUCUGAUGCAUUUCUUCAGUGCACUAAGAAUGUACCACUAUGAAUGUAUUCAAACUGAUGUAUUCAGAACUGAUAGUGUAUUAAACAACUUCUGCAGUUGAGAAGACC